AUGUCCGACAAACCGACCCCCUCGAAAGCCGACGAAUGGAAGGGUUCCAAAGCCAGCAAAUUCGACAACAAAGCGUAUAGCGAAUACUUUGAUCCAUGCCAAGAGGCGGCAGACAAGAGUAUAAAGUGUUUGAAGAGGAAUGGUGGUGAGAGAGCUAUGUGCUCGGAUUUCUUCCAGGCAUACCGAGAAUGCAAAGAGCAAUGGCAAGAAGCAAGGAGAGAAGCGAGAAGGAACAAGUCAUGGUUUGGUUGA